CUAUAGCUAUUUUCUGUGUACCUUUGCCUAGCCUCGAUUCAAGGCCGAUUAAAAUACGUUUAAUUGGCCGCUAACCUUUAGCCCUAUUAUGCGCAUAAACUUGUUUCAGUUUAAAAAGAAAUUACUGAGCAGUGAUUGUGAGAACCAACUUUAUUCAUACACGGGGAGAACCUUGAGACUAGAGGCGAACCUUAUUUUUCCAACCUUAUCAACAACAUGAAUAAAGCAGCACUGCUUUAUUCAUACAUGGGGAGCACCUUGAGAGGCCACCAACUUAUUGUGCCCACCCUAUCUAUCUGUAAACAUUGCAAGUUGUUGGUUCUCGAGCAGUGAUUGUGAGAACCAACUUUAUUCAUACAUGGGGAAAACCUUGAGAGUUAGAGGCGAGCCUUACUUUUCCAACCUUAUCUGUAAGAUAAAUCAGCCUUGAUAUAGAUCUAGCUACAGCCUUCCAGAGGGUCUGACAUCAGAAGAAUGUGGUAAAACCUGCUUAUCUGCAGUAGAUAUAAAUAGUCUUCACUCACCAAGCAAUCAGCCAUAGGAUUCAGCAGACUUUCACCAGAGAACGAAAAAUGUAUUUCAAAAUGUCAACAAAAGCAACUCAACAGUUGGAUGAUGCCAGUGAGAAUUUCAAUACCGCUAAGACGAACAGAAAGCGAGUGGCCGUGGUCCAUCGUCUUAAAAAAUUCGGAGACAACUCUUCUCUCAGUGCUGCAGUGUACGAGUUUAAGAGCAAGUCGAUUGUCAAGCGCCUUCUUUGGGGAUUGAUUGUAAUUUUAGCAAUCGCCGGGUUUUGUUGCAUCACUGGUUUGAGUAUCAAGAUGCUGAUCGACGAGCCAAUAUCUACCUCUAUUACUGAAAUGAGGCAGGAUGAGUUGGAGUUUCCUGCUGUGACUGUGUGCAGUUUGAAUUUCCUUGACUCAGCUGUCCUCUCAAAGAGUGUAGUCGAUCAAUUAAUAGCUCUGUUUACUGCUGGUCAACCUCCAAAUGUGCCUCCAUUGACAGAAUGCAUUUCAAUUGCAAAUAAGAUAACCAGCGACACUGAUAUUGACAUCGGCUUUGGAAAUCUUAUUUUGGAUCUUGCAAAAAAUGAUCUUAUCAGCUUAAUCGAACAAUGUUUUUUUGAAGGAAAUAAUUGCAUUAACGACUUAAAAAUAGUUAACACAACAAGUGGUGUCUGCUUUACAUUCAAUGGGCCGAAUAAAACUGCCAAGUCUCUUAAUGUCCAAGGGACAGGUGUGCUGAACGGUCUUAGGCUUCAAAUCGGAAACGGAAAUCAAGCAUUUACCCUGAAUAAUAACUAUGGUUUCAAGGUCAUUGUUCACAAUCGUGAUGAGCCACCGAGACCAGAAAGUGAAGGGGUGGUGGUUGGACUCGGAAGCAGCCUCAAUGUUGGAAUGAAGCAGGUGACUUCAGCCGACGAAACACAAUUUUACUCCAGCCAAGGUUGUGUACGAAAUUCAGAUAAUCCCUCUAACAACUUAACAUUCUCAGAAUACUCAUCGUACUCUCGCUCUCUUUGCUUGAACGAUUGCUUUUAUACACACAUUGCAAACGAAUGCCAUUGUGUGGAAAGAAAAUUUUACACACCUGUUAAAAGUCCUUACACUGAAAUGAGGGAUUGUGGUUUAACAGACAUAUGCUGUGAAGUCUACACAUUUCGAACAUUAAAAAACAGCUGCAACUGCCCACUGAAGUGUAAAACAGUUGAUCGUACUCUCACAACAAGCAGUGCAACAAAUGAGGAUUGUGGGAGGGUCGGUAUACAUGUCUACUACGAGAGCCUUGUAACUGAAGUACGUGUGACAACAGAUUCGUACACUCCUUGGAGCCUGAUCUCUGACAUCGGAGGCAACACAGGACUGUUCCUGGGCUUCACGCUACUGACGAUAGGGGAAGUGCUGCUGUUGGUGCUUGGAUUGUUCAGUGACUGCUGCUGUUCCUCUUGCAAGAAACGAUUCAAACAGAAGAUGGAAGAAUCGUAAACUGACAGUCUGAAAGACAAACAAUAAUCUGACUCAAUAUCAUAAUUAUAGCUUACAAGUUAGUAAUAGAACACAAGCCUAUAUACCGUAUAGCGCGAAAUUUUCGAGGCACUUAUAUUUUGUGGAUUGGCCUCUAAAAGUAUUUUCGUUGCACAA